AUGUCCAACAAGAUCACCGGCAAGAACCUGCAUUAUGACCAGUCCCUGCCGCCAUUCCUUGCCCGGCUAAAGGGCCAGCAUGCCGCCGACACCGACUCGCCCGACCCCAUCCUGGCCUCGCGCCGCCGCCAGGCCAAGCCGCGCUCUGCCAGCCAGGACGCCGAGGAUGCCCCGCUGAUUGUCGACGACGACGGCAACGUCCUCUCCCACGUCGAAGUAUCUGCCGACGGUACCGUCACCACCAGCCACGGGGCCGGCGCGGGCGAUGGCGCGAACCAGAGCAGCACGGAGACGGGCGGGGAAAAGAACGCCGGCAAGGGCGCCGAGGACGUUGCUCCGGGCGGCAAGGUGGCCAUGAUCGGCGCCUCCAAGAAGAGGAAGCUCGGCAAGGUGGUCGGGGCCGCUGCCGAGGACGAGAGGCAGGACAGGCAGGACAGGCAGGACAAGCACAGCACUGGUCUCCAGGAGCAGGACGGGGCUGUCAGGGGGCACGACAAGGCCAAGGGCCCCGUCAAGGCGAAGAAGAAGGCAAAGAAAAUCAAGCUGAGCUUCGGCGACGACGGCGACGACGGGGUCUGA